AUGGCCAAAGGUGUCAUCAGUUUGGUGGGCACUAACAUUUACUAUGUGACCUUAGCAGUGUAUUACCACAUAAAGAACAGAGAUGUAAAUAGAUCCCUGGAUAUUUUGGAUCAGAGAUGCCAUCCACUCACAAGAGAGAAGCAUCCAGAGGAAUACUUUGAGCAUGAUCCUGAACACAGCUGUAUUUACAGAUUUGUUGCCUUUAUUUUUUAUGUUGCAAUGGUACCAACUGAAUGUGCAAUAAUAACUUUGGUCUACUUAGAAAGGCUUGUGUCGUAUGCUGAGAUAGAUGUCUGUCCUGCUAACUGGAGAAGGAUCCUGCUGGGAGCCAUUCUUCUUGCCGCCAAGGUUUGGCAGGACAAGGCUGUGUGGAACAUAGACUUCUGCAAGGUCCUCGGGGAUGUUUCGCUCAAGGACAUAAAUGAGUUGGAAAGGCAUUACUUGAUCCUGCUCAAGUAUAAUGUUAACGUGUCUGGCGGUUUGUAUGCCAAAUACUACUUUGAUCUUUACUCUUUAGCAUUUGAAAGCAACAUGUAUUUUUUAUUUGAGCCUCUCCCCAGAAAAAGAGCCCAGGACCUAGAGGUAAGGCUGUGCUUGGAUUCAGUGGGGUUUCGGUGA